CAGAUCAACCCAAAUGACCAAGGGUACGUACCAAUUAGCCAGCUCUCGCCAUCAUCGCCGUGCUCGUCGGAUUGUGCCAACAGCUGCUGCCGCCGCCAUGGCACCAGGAGGACCGCUGCCGGAGUGUUGUUCGAGGAAAAAAAGACUGCCGCCGGCCCUCCUCCAGGAGCUCGUAGAAGAGAUCCUGCUCCGCAUCCCGCCCGACGACCCGGCCACCCUCCUCCGUGCCUCCCUCGUCUGCAAGUCGUGGUGCAAGGCCGUCUCCAACGGCUGGUUCCGGCGCACCUUGCACCAGCUCCAUCCAUCCCCUACCGCGCUCGGGCUUCUUCACGACUGGCACGACGAGGCCAUCCCUACCUUCAUCCCCGCCACCGCGUCGCCAUUCUCCCUCGCCGUCCCGGACCGCUUGCUCUGGCGGGCCGUCGACUGCCGCCACGGCCGCGCCCUCUUCCUCUCCAAACCUAAGUUCCCUGCCAAGGAGUUGCUCGUGUGGGAGCCCAUCACCGGUGACCAGCUGCGCGUCCCCUUGCCCGUGGCGUUUCAGUUCGGCCACACCACCGCAGCCGUGGUCUGCACAGCUGACGGGUGCAACCACCAUGACUGCCAUGGGGGUCCAUUCUGCGUGCUCUUCCUCUUCUCCGUAUAUAACGAAGACCCUGACGACCAGUUUAACACGUCGGCGUGCGUCUACUCGUCCGAGACUGGCGCCUGGGGCGAGCCGACCUCAAUGCGCGACACAUUCAUCGUCGACUUCGACAAUUAUUCCAGCGUGCUUGUUGGGAGGUCUUUGCUCUACUUCAUGACCGAUGGUGGGUUCAUCCUGGAGUAUGACUUGGCAAGGCAUAGGCUGGCUUGGUUCGACACACCAGACUCUUGCCACGAUAAGGGCUGGCCAACUUGCAUCCUCAUGCUGGCGGAGGACGGUGGACUGGGACUCGUCGAAGAAUUGGAUCCGCAUCUGCAACUGUGGUCAAGGGACGCGGUGGAUGCCCGAUGGGUGCCGGGCCGAAUCAUCUGCUUGCAAAGUUUGUCCCUAAAUGGUGCACCAUGUCCGGUGCAUGUCUUGGGCUUCGCGGAGGGAGCAAAUGUCAUUUUCGCGACCACGGCUGCCGGCCUCUUCGCGAUCCAAGUACGAUCAGGGAAGGCGACCAGGGUGUGCGAUGAUCAUGGAUACGGUAAGCUGAUUCCGAUCGUCGGCCUUUACACUCCUAUGCCCCGAGGCCAGCGCUCGAGAAAAUUUCCGCCGGCUUCCGGUUAUCAGCACUUGAGAAUUGGAUCAGCAACCUCCCUGGAGGAGGUUAGGGAGGGUAGCUUUGAGAGUUGCUGUUGAGUUGUAAGGUGACUGUCUUGUACUACAUGUAUGUGUGUUUCUGUUGUAACCCUAGGACCUAGCUAGUCCUAUCCUAUGGCACCUCCAUGAUCUAUGUCCCAUCGCCUCUGUAUUCACUGAAUGUUCCCCUUGAGGGCCAUGGCCUUCUAAAGAUUAAAAACAGCGUCAUA